AUGGAUUCUUGUGCUUCUUCAAGAGACGACGGAAGGCUGAUGUUCAAAUCAAAAACACCUCAUUUUUUCAAGAUAAUUCUUGAUGAUCAUGAUGGAAAGCUUUACAUUCCAAGAAAAUUUGUCAGAUUGUACGGAAACAAUCUGUCAAAUUCAGUAUUCCUGAAGGUUCCGACCGGUGCAACAUGGAAACUAGAAUUAGUGAAAUUUGACGGUGAGAUUUGGUUUCAGAAUGGCUGGCAAGAGUUUGUAAAGUAUUACUCUAUAGCUUAUGGAUCCUUUUUAGUUUUUGAAUACAACCAAACAAAUUCUGAAUUCAAUGUGACGAUAUUUGAUACGAGUACUUUAGAAAUAGAUUAUCCGUUAGAGAUCGCCAACAGAAACAAUGAAGAAGUUGAUCUUGCGAAAGAGAUUUCUCAAGAAACCGAAAGUGAUGUUUCUGUUGAAAUCUUGAAUCACAAAACAAAACAAAAAUCACCAAUUUUAUUUCCUCAGCCUCCAAAUAAGAAAAUUAAGCUUGAGAAGUCCAUAGGAAAUAGAGCAAAAUCAUUGACACCUCAGGAAAAAGCUGAAGCAAUUAAAAGAGCAGCCUCUAAUUUUAAAUCUGAAAAUCCUUACUUCAUAGUUGCAAUGCAACCAACUUUUCUUCAUUUUUGUGAUAGUUACAGAUUGACUAUACCAGCAAGCUUUGUGAAGAAAUUUUUCAACAAGCCACAAGGCAGUGCUAUACUUAGUACUAUUGAUGGGAAUUUAUGGUCUGUUGAGUACAAGUAUUACGCCGGCUCGUCAGCGAAAAUCGGUCAAGGUUGGAGACAAUUUGCUAUUGGAAAUCAUUUGGAAAUCGGCGAUGUUUGUGUGUUUGAACUGAUCGAUCAUGCUAAUACGACAUUGAAAGUCUCUAUUUUUCGACAUAUCAAAGAAGCUGUCAAGAGCACAUCACUUGGAAACAACAAGAAAAUGAAACAAGAAGAGAGUUGUGGCAAUGUGAAGACUGUCCAAAGGCAUUUAUGCUCAAAUUUUUCUAAAGCUGCUGAUUCUGCCAACAAAUUUACAUCGGUUAAUCCGUUCUUCAAAGCGAAUAUGUCUCGCUCUAGCAUAGUGAAUGUACCUCUUGAGUUUCUGAGGAAAUGCUGCAAGAAAAACGCAGAAAACGUAUGGUUACAAAUUGGAAACAGAAAGUGGGCGGUCAAAUUAAUUAACCAUUCAUCUUAUCGUCGAGGUUGGUUGUCUGCGGGAUUUAGUUUAUUCGCAAAAGAAAAUAGUCUGAAAGCAGGAGAUGUUUGCAUCUUUGAGUUGAUCAAUUCUGAAUUGCUUCUGCUCAAAGUAACCGUUUUCAGAAAUAGUGUGAAUUAUAUUGGAAUUGUGUGUCCGAAGAUCCAAUCAGGAUGCAUAAUUUAUUGA